AUGACCCAAUCUGAGCUUUCAGAAAAUUUGGACAGCUCCGCUCUUUUUCAGCCAAAGGCUGAAAAAGAUAAAAUGAAAGGACAAGUAAUUCGUUACUCUGGUAAAAAUUACUUGAUGGGUAUUCCAACCUAUAACAAUUUAGUCACAGAAAACAAUGAAGGAUUAAUGGCAAUUCUUGAAGAUGCUUUAUCUAAGCAUCAAGAUAUUCUAUUUAUGGCCAUUGAUGUGAAAGA